AUGCCGCGAGAGCAGGACCGCGAGAAGGACCGACGCUCCAACAUGGCGCACUCCACGGUGAACGCCCCAGCCAAGAAGAGCGGCGGCGGCGGGGGCUUCACCUGGGGCAGGGCCGGCGAGGGCGACUACGAGCCCGUCGGCCUGCAGGACGUCUCCAAGGUGAGCGCGGGGCCGCGGGCACCGCCGGCCCCGGGCGCGCCCGCCGCGCCGCCGCCCGCCGGGCCGAGCGGGCUGGACGGAGCAGACUUCCCGGCGCUGGGGGCGGGCGGGGCGGCACCGCAGGAGGCAAUCUGGCCACGGCCAGCACGCCCGGCGGAGGACGGCCGCACCUACUACAUCUUCGGGUCCCCGGUGGGGAUGUCUCCGUCGCCAGACAUCCACAACCCCGGCUUUGCCAAGAACGGGUUCCCGCACACCUACGAGAGGUUCGACAGCCCAGACAUUGCCGACGUCAUGAGGGCGCUUCGGGCGCACAAGUGUGGGGGCGGCUCUGUCACGAUCCCGCACAAGGAGGCGGUGCUGAAGGAGAUGGACGAGCUGGGCGAUGCUGCACGCAGCAUCGGCGCCGUGAACACGGUGACCAAGCUGCCCAACGGACGGCUCCGGGGCGACAACACGGACUGGCUGGGCAUCAAGAACCUGGUCGAGGCCCGCCUCGCAGCCGCGCCGAAGAGGCGCUCGGAGAGGCUCACGUGCCUGCUGUGCGGCGCUGGCGGGACGGCGCGCGCGGCGGCCUACGCGUUCCAGCAGAUGGGCGCGGGCGAGGUGCACGUGUAUAAUCGGACGAGGGCCCGCGCCGAGUCGCUGGCCGAAGAGUUCGGCUUCCGAGUCUGCGAGGACCUGGAGCAGAUGGCGGCCCUGCCCGAGCUGCACGUCGUGGUGAACACGCUGCCCGGCUCCACGGACUUCACCCUGCCGGAGGCGGCGGCCGCCGCGCUGCGGCGGUGCAGGCCGGUGGUGCUCGAGGCGUCCUACAUCCCCCGCCGCACGGCCUUCCUGAGGCAGGCCAUGGCCGCGGGCUGCACGGUGAUCGAGGGCAUCGAGAUGCUGUACGAGCAGGGCUGUGAGCAGUGCCAGAUCUGGACGGGCCGUGCCGCCCCCCGCGCCGACAUCGCCGCCUCGCUCUGCGGCGCGCUCUUCAGCGAGGCCUCCACGCACCCCGCCCGCGCGAAGAUGGAGCCCAUCGCAGAGGUACCGCAGGCCCUGGCGGAGCAGCUGGGCCACGCGCGCCGCGGCGAGGGCUGGCGCAGUCCGGCGCUGGCCCUGACCGCGGCGGCCGCGCUGACCGUGGUCGCGGCAGUGGCCGCGCAGCGCCGCCUGAGGUGGCCCCGCAGCCUCGGAAUGGCCUCAGGCAGCCUUGGGCUGGCCCCGGACGGCACCGGAGAGGCCUCGAGCUGGCCUCGAGCUGGCCUCGAGCUGGCCGCGGACGGGGCCAUUGCCCUCUCCAAGGGGGAGCCGAGGUAUAUCGAGUUCUUCCACGGCGCUCGCGCGAAGAUCUUCUACUUGGACGAGUAUCUAACGCCCGAUGGUGACGAGAGGCUCUUCAAAGACUUGGAGAGCUUCUUCGGACCAUCAGAGGAGGGCCAGGCGUGCGACGCCGGCGCUGGCCGCUGCCGCUCGGAGAAUCGGGUGCUGCCAAAGGUGUCCGUGGCCAAGGACGAGCGGGCCCUGAUCCUCGAGGUCGUGGGGCGCGAGGUGGUGGACAGCCGCGGGAACCCGACGGUGGAGGCCGAGCUGACGACCGGCUACGGGACCGUGCGCGCCAUCGUGCCGAGCGGCGCGUCCACGGGCAUCUACGAGGCGCUGGAGAUGCGCGACGGGGGCAAGCGCUACAAGGGCAAGGGCGUCGAGCAGGCCGUCAGCAACAUCAACAAGGUCAUCGCCCCGAAGCUGAAGGGCAAGGACGUUCGCCUGCAGAAGGAGCUGGACGAGUUCAUGGUGAAGGAGCUGGAUGGCUCCGAGAACGAGUGGGGGUAUCCGAAGGCAAAGCUGGGCGCAAACGCGAUCUUAGCUGUGAGCAUGUGUAUCGCGCGGGGUGGAGCCAAGGCAUUCGGCCUCGAGUUGUACGAGUAUGUCCGGGAGCUCAAGGAUGGUAAUUUGGAUCCUGGUGCAGUCGACGUCGGGCAAGCAAGGAAGAAGAGGUACAAGAUGCCGGUGCCAAUGAUGAACGUUAUCAAUGGAGGAGAGCACGCAGGCAACAAGCUUCCGAUGCAGGAGUUUAUGAUCGCACCCACGGGGGCAAAGUCCUUCAAGGAGGCUCUGAGGACAGGUGCCGAAGUGUACCACUCGCUGAAGGCGGUGGUCAAGGCCAAAUAUGGGAAGGACGCCGCGGCAGUGGGAGACGAGGGUGGCUUCGCUCCCAACAUCCAGGACAACGACGAGGGGCUCAUGGCUCUCAUGGAAGCGAUCCAGGACGCCGGCCACGACGGCAAGGUGAAGUUGGCGAUGGACAUCGCCGCGUCGGAGUUCUAUGUCAAGGAGGACCAGACCUACAACCUUGGCUUCAAGCUCACGGAGCCAGAUCCCUCGCUCAUCAAGUCAAAGUCGGAGAUGAUGGAGUGGUACAAGGGGAUCGUGAGCAAAUAUCCCAUCGUCUCCAUCGAGGACCCUUUCGACCAAGACCACUGGGACGCGUACACCGAGAUGGUGGCGGAGAUGGGGGAGGAGGUGCAGAUCGUCGGUGACGACCUGCUCGUGACGAACCCCAAGCGCAUCGCCAAGUGCAAGGAGGAGAAGGCCGCCAACGCUCUGCUGCUCAAGGUGAACCAGAUUGGCUCCAUUACCGAGUCUAUCCAAGCCAGCCUCGACAGCGUCGCGGAGGGCUGGGGCGUCAUGGUCUCCCACCGCAGCGGCGAGACGGAGGACACCUUCAUCGCCGACCUCUGCGUCGGCCUCGGGACCGGGCAGAUCAAGACCGGGGCGCCGUGCCGCUCCGAGCGGGUGGCGAAGUACAACCAGCUGCUGCGCAUCGAGGAGCAGCUGGGAAGACGCGCGUACUACGCCGGCAAGGAUUUCAGGCACAGUAAAUUUUGUGAGUUCCUGCUGGAGCGGAUGCCUCAGUCUUCGAAACAUGGUUUCUCGACCUGCGCUCAUUGCGGCAACUGGGCGUGGAACUGGGGGGUCAAGAGGCACGAUGGAGUUUGCGCGAUGUGCCAGUCGCCCAUGCCAGGCUGGCCCACGUCUCCCAGCGGCACAUGGUGGGCGCCAUGGGCGAGCGGCUCAGGGCAUCAUGGCGGCCUGUCUUCCCAGCGUGCCCCAGCCCUCGCCAAACUGGGUGGCUACCUGUCGCAGGCGCUCGUGGGUGUUGGGCUCCAGUCGGAUCCUGAUGCGGUCCGCUUGGUUUCGGGGUUCACUGCGCUUGCGUCCUCGAAGAAGCAGUUGGCGGUCCCCGCUGCCAAGCCUGCGCACGCCAUGUUCAAGGGGAAGGAGUUCGACGAGGCGGCGGACGCGGCCAUGGUCGCGGAGCUGCGCCGCCUGGAGGUUCAGGGUGGCUCACAGCAGUCGCAGUUGUUCCAGGCGGACCCUGCCCUCUUCGAGUGCAUGGACGAGCUGGAGGAUGAGGACAAGGCUGCUCUCGAGGCCUUCCAAGGGCAGCUGCUGGAGGUCACAUGGCAAGCGGAGGCCAAGCAGAAGGAGUUCCAAGCGAUGCUCGACAAGGCAAGAGCGGCGCACACGGAGGCUGCCGCCAAGAGGCGCAAGCGGGACGUCGCGUGCAAUUUGCUCUUGGGGUGUGAGAAAGGCGAUGGUGUUCCCGCUGGCGCUGGCUCGGCGGCCACGUCAGCUGCUGGGCCUACGGCGGCCCCCAGCAAGGUCAAGCAGAUUGUCCCCGAGAGUGAGCAGAGGGUCAUGCUGCAGCGCAUCAUGGACACUGCCCAGGCCUCUGCCGCGAAAACCGCUGCCAAGGCUGGCAAAGGCAAGGGCCUCGCUGUUGGCAAGGGCAAAGGUUGGAAUAGCGACGUGCUCGUGGCUUCGGGGUCCUUCGCGAGGGCCCUCGCGGACCCCUGGCUCGUCAUUGCCGACUGGAACAUUGAGCUUAGCGCCUUCGCAGCCACGGGCUGGCCGACCAAGCUGGGCGCGACCGUCGUCGCGCCGAGCCGAUUUGUGUCCGUGGCAAAGUGUUCUGCCAUUGAUCGUAGCAAGCGCGCCGUGUCCGAUUGGCAGAAAGGAUCGUCGGCGCUCCGCGCCGCCAUGAUGUGUGCUGCGAUGGGCGAGGGCGCGCAGGCCUUGUUCUUCGAGCGCGCGGCCCUUUUCCUCAAGUGGACCCUGAACCAGAGGCAAAAGACUGGCGGUUUUGCCAUCAUCGUGUCCAGCGUCUCGGACACGACCGAGUCCACGUGGAGCCCGCACAGUAAGUGGCACCGCAGGUGGAUGGCGAGAACUCUGCGGGAACGUCUGAAGGCAGACCUUUGUUUCGUGCAGAUCUCCGUGAAUGCUGCGGAUGGCGACACGUAUUUGGAAGACCUCGCUCGUUUUCGCGGCUUGUCGCUGGAGAAGUGCAAAGAGAUCAUCGCGCGGUACCAGGACCACUACGUACCAAUCCAAAUGGAUGGCUCGGAGUCCGACACGCCGUUUAUCAACCUCAUCAAUUACAACGAGCGCUUCGUGGCGAACAGGAUGCUGCGGUCGUUCGUGGGCUCUGAGGUGUGCCAUUUCCUCGCGAACCUGCACCCCUAUAAGCACACGGUCUACCUAUCGCUGCACGCAGAGACCGAGUUCAACGUCCAAAACAGGAUCGGGAGGCGACGGAAUCUGAGGUCCUUUCGCGGACGGGAAUACGCGCGCCGGCUGGCGGAGUUCUCCCGCUUCGUGAUUGCCGGGGAGGCGACCAACCUCGUUUGCGUUACAUUAUCGCAGGACGAGAUCAAGGCGAUGGGCGCGCGCCUGUGCCAGCGCGACGGCGUCCCUGGGCUGUACACCGACGGGAGCUGGGAGGGCUUCGGAGACGCCAGCGGCGCCGUGGUGAGUAGCGGCAUGAGGCUGGUGCGCUUCCAGCCUGGCUUCGGCACGAACUUUGUGGACGCGCCCGCCACAGUCGACGAGGUCACGUGGGCCAUGGGCUUCGCGAAGCAGGGUACCUUGGUGCUCAUCGACGGCGAGGCGGAGGGCGCCGGCCAGAAGCCGUCUCGGCUCUGGACCUCAUCCCUGAAGCGGACGAUAGAGACAGCGCAGUUCAUUGAUCACAACGUCGUGAGAGGCAAGGGCGGGAAGCCGUGGCACCAGUUUCGUGGCCAGAAAUUCAGGAAUUUGGACGAGGUUUAUGCCGGGGAGUUCGAUGGCCUCACAGAGGAGGAGAUGAGACAUGUCGAUCCCAACUUGGCUUCCGACAUGGGGAAGGACAACGUCGGCUUCCGCUUCCCGCGCGGGGAGUCGAUCAAUGACGUCAUCGCCCGCGUUCAGAUCUCGAUCAACCGCUUGGAGCGCGUCAAGGAGCCGAUGCUGCUGGUGGGGCAUCAGGUGGUCUCGCGGCUGGUGUACGGGUGGCUGACACAGAAGGACCGGGAUGCCGCACUGAAGGUCGCUCUCCCGCGGCACGUGGUCAUCAAGGUCUCCUACGACGGCGUCGGAGGUACGCGCGCCGAGACCAGAUUCCCGCUCGGCCCCUCAGCCCCAGCCAGCUCCAGGAGCGGCUCGGCAUCGGGCCUGGCCCACUGGCUGGGACCUGAGCCGGCCGGCGCCGCGCAGGCCCCGAGCGCCUAG